AUGUUCUCUUCUCGUAAAAAAGCAUACCAAGUGAGUUUACCGCAAAAACAAUGGAUUUUAGUUAGAAAUAUAUUUUUAUAUUAUGUUUCAGAGGAUCGACGAUGACUUUGAAGACUCGUUCCGGCAAGAAUCCUGCACGAGUGGCCUUCUGGAAAGUAUGAAUGCCGGGAGGAGCCGAUUAUUCGGCAGUUUGCAAGGCGAACAGGAGACUUUGUAAAUUUCUGCAAAAUAAAAUGGAAUAAAAACAAUUUUAAGGAAUCCCGGAACCUCAGCUUCGUCCUAUCAAGAUUCACCGACUAGGAAUCAUCAAGCGGUGAUUUUUAGAAAUAAAAUAGAAGAUUCAAAAUGGAAAAAUAGAUGGAAGACGGGAGUUUGCCCAUAAAUUUGCCGCCCCUGAUGGCUUCCUCUUCGCAAAUGGCCAGCCAACGUUGGGAUCACAUCGAUAAUCUUGAUAUGGUUAAUGAUAAUGCGAUAAAUUAUUAUUAUAACUGAUUUUUUUUUUCUAGUUCUUCACCCACGUCUACGAGUAUCAUCAAGAAAGCGGGUUCUUGUGCAUCGUCCUACAGAAAUUGUUCAGCCUUUUUUUCAGUUUCUCUUCAUUUUUGGUGGGCAUUUUGUUAAUUGAACUAACUUACUCUUUUAAGGGGAAUUCUUAAAAAAAUAGUGAUAGUCUUUGUUCCCGGGUACUCUUUUGAUUAUUUUACUUUAGGUGUGGUAAUUUUUAAGCUUAAUAAAAAAAAAGGAUUUUUGAAUUUUCAAAAAAAUUGGUUAGACUUUCAAGCUUUAAAAAAAUUCAAAGUUUAGUAUUUUUUAUGAGAAAAUACGGAGUUUUCAUUAAAAAAUUGAUAAUCAUGAUUUUUCAAGGUUUUUAAAAAAGCUUUUGGAAGAUGAUUAUUUUUGGAAAAUUCAGUUUUUUUGUGUCAUUUUUUCCCGUUAGUUCAAAUUCAAUAAAAUAAGACUCCAUUCAGUUUUUCUCCACUUUCUUCUUCCAAUGCGUUGAUUAUGACGUCCUUUUCGCCAACAAGAAUACGACGACGUCGGGCGCAAAAAUCUCAGGGAAACGGCAUUUUUCGGUGGGUUCAUAGGAACAGAGAGUUAUAUUUUAACAAUAGAAAGGAUACAACUUUGAAAGUUUGCUGGAAAUCGUCAAAGGCAUAUUUUGGAAAAUAUGUAUUCUGUCAAAGACAAAUUUCUUACGUAAAAUUAAGCUUAAAAAUCCUCAAAAAGGUCAAAAAAUUCUCGUUUUCUUCACUAAAGUAUGAGCUUUGAGGCGUUAUAAUCUGACAAAACGCAGAAAUUUGUGGAAAAAUUUUUCACCAAGUUGAUAUAACUCCUUAAAACGUCAAUUUUCAUUUCUUCACUAAAAAGCUAAUUUCAAAACUUUUUACUCGACUAAGAGACAUAAAUCUUGAAAAAUAAGUUUUUGAUCAGAAUCCGCGUGCUUUCUAGGCCUACGCCGAGUGUUUGGAAUUUUCACCAAUGUCCAAAAACGGCGAAAUCUUUCAUUUUCCUCAUCAAAUUACGAAUUUCGAGGCAUUCUUUCUUGAUUAAGUGCCAGAAUUUUCGGAAAAAAAUAAUUUUUUAUUGGAUUCUCCAUGCUUUGAAGUACGCCUGAGCCCAGUUUAACCUUAGUUUUUCAACAAAUUUUAAAUUUAGCAAUAUAAUCAAUCUCAGGACGCCGUGAUCGAUAACUGUGCGGGUCAGCUGAAUCCUCUGGUUGUAGUGGCCCUUCUAGUGGCCAUCAUAUACUGGAUCACUAGAGUCGUCAAAUACACCAAUUAUGUCAUUGAAAUGCAUCGGGUUCUUUUUUUCUUUAGCCCACAAGAUGAUGUAAGAAUUCAGAUACAACAUUUCUACUACACGGCCUUGAAUAUCACCGACGAUCAGCUGGUGAAUCUGACGUGGCACGCCGUCGUGAAACGCAUUUGUGAUGUAAUUUUUCGAUUUUUGGACUAGAAAAGGGAUUUUGAAUAUGCAUGUGAUGAGCAUGGCUAGCGACAGCCAACCCCUCCCCCUCAUCUUGUUUUUUAUUUUUUUUCCCGAUCAUUUAUGACUGAGAAAAAUGUAGGAUUUUUGUAAAGGAACGUAGGAAUUUUUUUUAUGAUAUCAGACAAACGCGCCGUCCAGCACGCACCCUGAAAAAUUUUUUUAGGGUUUUUUUGGUCUUUUUUUCUUCAAAUGAUCUACGAUUGGUAGGGGAAAAAUUUGAAACAAAGGAUUUUUUUAUAAUUUAUCUGCAAUUAUCUUGAAAUUUCUCCUCUAGGGGCCACUUUACCCUCAUUGUAAAAGUCACUAAAACUUUAAUAAGUGCCCUCUAUAGGGAACAUGCUACCCGAUUAUUCUCAUGAGAAUGUUUCCAUGCGAAAAACUCAUAAUUAGUGAUUUUUGAUUGGAAAAUAUCAGCUCGCAUGCUGAGCAGGUGUCUCAACGGGUGUACCCGUAUUAAACCCGUGUUUCUGAGGUUAUUUUAGUCUCAGUUGGGGUAAAACGGGGGAACAACGGGUGUAAGAAAAAUAGGUAACCCAGCUGGGCUAAAGCGGGGUCUCAGUUGGGCCAAAAAGUGCCAAAAGUUCUAUCAGCUGGGCUUAUACGGGUUUAAUACGGAGGCACCCGCGGAGACCCCGUGUUAGCACGGCGGGGUUACCCUGCUCAGCAUGCGAGAGUAAAGGAUUAAUUGAUCAAAUUUUAUUAAAAACGUCUUUUUAAUUUUCAAAAUAUGAUGCCACGUUCAAAUGAUUCAGCGAAAUCCAGAUAGUCUACAGAGAAAGAAAAAUAUAAUCAAAUUUUGGAGGGUCAGAGAUAAUUUUGCAUUUCGCGGAAAUUACUUUGAACACGGGUUGAACAAAAAUUAAAAGACCCCUUUAGGGACCACUCAACCUUUAGGGGCUCAGGGGUCAGACCCUUAAACUUGACUACCUAAAUUUUACCUCUGCAGGAAGCUUUUUUUGGUCUUCUAUCGAGUUGUUUUCCCUCCAACCCCUUUAGGGACCACUCUGAAGUUCCUGAGAACUUGUAGUUCAACCUGUUGUUUAAAUACUUUAUUCAAAACUUUCGAACAAUUUAUUAUGACCUUUUUUUAGGUUCAACCGCGACUGCACUUGAUGAUCCACACGGAACGGAUGACUUCCAUCGACGUUUAUCAUAGGAUUUUGCGUUAUAAGAAUUAUAUGGUCGCUAUGGUCAACAAGGUUUCAAAAUUGAGAAGAAACCCUGAUUUCACUGUACAACUUUGUUCAGAGAAUCCUCCAACCCAUUUUCACCGUCCCAUUUUUGGGCCAAGUCGCCUAUUUUCCCAAUGGGUUGAAGUCGAAAAUUGAAAGAAUGCUCUUUUAUAGGUUCGUUACUUUUACUGUUUUGAAAGCUUCACGCGCAAAGAUGGGGGGGGGGUGAAAUUUCUAGAGAAAAAUUUCCAAGGAGCUCUUGGAUUAUGUUCUUCAAAACUCCUCCCCCUCCCCCCCAAAGAAAUUAAAAAUUCAAAGAUCUAGCCAUAAAAAAAUUUCCUUUUUUUCCUGGAAAUUCUCAGAAGACUUUCACACAAAAAUACGAAAGUUAGGUCGUUAUUUGCGAUUUUUUUAAAUUCACGAUAAUUUAUUUUCUCUAUGGUUGAAAAUCCUGUAAUUUUCAGAAAUAAUUGAUGAAAAAAACUAUCAAAAAAAAACCCCCUAUUAAAAAGGUGACUCAGUUAAAUUUGAAAUUCGCGCCAAAGAGCCGACCGCGCCGCGUACGCAACGCUUCACCCUUGCCUGCCAACCUUUCUUUUUGAAAUUGGGAAGGAUUCACUAUAAAAAUAAGAUGAAAAUUUUAUUUUCGCGCAAACUGAACAGGUCAAAAUAACUUCAAAAAGAUGAGGAAGACAUUGAAAAAAAAAUCUGGCCUGAAAAAAAUGUCGAUAUCUACGGUUUUUCGAUGAAAAAUAAAUUUGAAAACAGAAAAACGGAAAAACAGAAACAAUUUGGACUAUUUCAGUUCAACAGCUCCCUGGGACGGGCCGAACCUCCGAGAAGAAUACAAAAUGGUCGAAACCUUGGAGGGAUUGACGGCGAAAUUGGAGAAAGAUGUAGGACAAAGUUUGAGGUUUUAUUCGAAAAUAUAUCCAAUUUUAGUGCGCUUUUUAUGGACUCGUUUACUUGGUCAUGAUGCCGGUUUUGUUCCCGUUUCAGGUUAAAAAUGUUUUUUUUUUUGAAGUUUGAAUUUGCGAAUUUCAGAUCCUCGUUUUUAUCUUUUCGUUAGCCGAAUUGUUGAAACGACGGCCCGAUGAGCUGGGAAUGAGGAGAUAUAGUAACUAUGGAAGGUUCGUAACUUUUUUAUUUCAAAUAUAUAGUAAUAGUAUAGAACAGGAUCUUUAUUAUCGAUUUUUCAUUCAAAGAAUUUUUUUUCUUCUGAUUUUUGGCUUUGAAAUGACUUUUCUUUGAUUUUUGAAGUUAAAUAGACUUUUAUGUGAACGAAAAGCUGCUUCAAAAUGCUUCAAAUUGAUUUAUCAUCAAGUUUUUUGCAUCGUUUAAGUUUUGCGAAGUGUUAUUUUAAAGAUUUUGGCCAAUAUUGAGUUCAAAAGUUGAGAAGAAUUUAGUUAAGCAUCAUUUUUCAAAAAUCUGAAGAGUUCAUCUCAAGCUUUCAUACUGAAAAUUUUGAUGGAUAUUUAAAAAUAUUUUAAAAUGUUUCAUUUUCCUUUUUUAAGUGAUCCUGUUAUUUUUAACAUGCAUACGUUUCCAAAAAUAAGCAAGAUUCAUGUAAGAAGAAGCUUAGGCUUUCAAAUGAACUCUGGGUAGAGGACAACUUUUACAUCGUUUGAUUUUAGUAAUAGACCAAUAUAACAAAGAAUAAGAAAGUUUUUGGAAGAAUAUCGAGAGAAAAGCGAUGUCGGUGUCAUUGACGAUAUAGCAAAUUACCCGCUUUUUCGUCAGCAUUUAUUUCGCUUUUCUGAUGCGCUGAGAAGCAAAAUUUGGGAUUUUCCGAAUUGCGAGAUCGCGCCAGAAAAAUGCGAGAUUGCGCCAAAAAAAUGCGAGAUCGCUUCGAAGAACAUGCGAGAUUGCGGUAGGAAAAAUGCGAGGUUGUGCCAAGAAAACCGCAAGACCCUCUACAACGUAGCACUUUGUCGAGUUUGUCAAUGUACCGCCAGCGAUCUCGCUUUAUUUCGGCAUUUAAUCUUACCAGUGGUUAGCGCUAGUACAGGAAAACUGGUAAAUGCGAACUCUGAGAGAGAAACCAUCCCUUUAGAUACUUGGUGCGACAUUUCAACGAGCUGGACCACGAACUCUCGGCCCGACUCAACCGAUCUCACAUGUUCGCCACUGCCUAUAUGGAUCAAUUCUUCUCGCCCGUGAUGUCAAUCGUGGCGAAGAAUAUGAUGUUCGUCACGGCGGCCAUCGUUUCGGUCUUGGCCAUCUUGUCAGCCUGGGACGAGGACGUCAUUCAGGUAGCCUUGGACAGGAGCCAAAAUUGACUUUGAAGCGUUUUUGGCAUGCACCUUUUGAAUGAAAAAGCUUCGAAAAUUUGAAAAUUUGGAAAGUUUUCAAGGGUUCAGGCUUUUGCCUUGCUAGUUCCAAAACUGCCAUUUUCAAAAGGUUUUGUUAGAACUUCGAUAAUCGUUUUACUGUAAAGUUUCGAGCACUUCAGAUUUGAUGUAAGCCCCGCAAGAUUGUAAGGGGUCAUUUGAGGGAUUUUUCAAUUACCAGCAUUUUUUUUAGGAAUCUCAUUGACCUUGUACAUUUUAUUGGAAGAUUUUCAUCGAUUUCACAUUUUUUUAGAUAGAACAUGUUCUAACGGUAAUUUCGGCUGGAAGUGUGAUCUUGGUGGCCUCUCGGGGCCUCGUCAAGGAUGAGAACCUCGUUUGGCAACCUGAGGUUUCUCAAUUCAUAAUCCUUAUCAAUAUUAACCAACUAAUUAAGGUCCUAAUGACCCACGUGGCCAGCGAAUUACACUAUUUGCCUGGCGAGUGGAAAGGCCACGCCCACGCGGAAAAUGUCCGCACCGAAUUCGACCAGCUCUUCCAAAUGAAAUGGAUGUUCUACCUUCUGGAGGUGUCCAGCCCCAUCUUGACGCCCUUCAUUUUGCUCUUUUGGUGAGAAAUCGUGGAAAAAAGAUUUUUAUAUAUUUUCCUGAAGUUUUUCAUAGAAAAAUCAAAGCGUUUUUUGAGAAAAACAAAUUCUGGAGAUAAGAAGUACCUAAAAAUGUCCAUUUCGAUUUAAGGUUGCGGCCAAGAUGCGCCGAACUCAUCCGCUUCUUCCACGACUACACGGACCGGGUCGAAGGCCUCGGAGACGUCUGCUCGUUCUCCAUGAUGGACGUCGCCAAACACGGCGAUCCGUCCUGGAAUGCCAUCGCCCCCAAAGAAGGCGUCAAACCGGAAGCUGAUCCCACGGCGGCUGUUCGUUUUUUUUAUGUGUUGCAGAAAGAUGAACCCCUUCAAAUAUAACCCAAUUUACUCUUUUUUUAAAUUGAUGUGAGGGAAAGAAUGUGCAGCGAGUAUAAAUUGAAUUCCGAUCAAGAAAUUUUAAAGUUUCUUUUUUUGGGUUUACGUGUUUUUCCACCCUUUUUUGGUCAAUGUAAAAAACGUAUAGAAAAAGAGAGAUCUACAGAAAAACAUCAGCGAAGAUCGGAGCUUUCAGUCAAAUCUGACGUCACUUUGAACCAGAAAUUUUUCGUUUUUUUGCUCAAUAAUUCCUUUGAGGGUGGCAAUAGUGAAACGCGCCAAAAACGCCUUUUUUUCAGAUGGCCAUGACUCAGAUUGAAGCUCAAAAUAUUCAUUUCUUGAAAUUAAUUAUUUUUUUUCACCUCCAAAAGUUCAAACAAGGUUCUUCUCUUCUUGAUUUUACGAUAGUUUUCCUAUAGAUGCUAUCAAUUAUCAUUUGAAGAUCGUCACUUCUCACAACCGAGCUCUCGAUGGCAAAACUGAACUUUCCGUGUUGCAUUUCAAGUCAACGAAUCCGGAAUGGCGGCCCCCGGCAGCUUCUGCUCGGUUUUUGGAUCGAUUCAGGCACAGGGUUUGUAAAUUUUUUUCUUCUUGAUACUUUAGUUGGAAUAAAUAAGAAAUCGUUUUAUUUGAUUUUUAUUGUUUUUUGAAUUUUUUCGUUUCUGGUUAAUUAAUUUUUUUUUUCGUUUCUGGUUAAUUAAUUUUUUUUUUUUCGUUUCUGGUUAAUUUGGCAAAUUUUCCACGUCAAGAUUUCUCAUACCCAAGUAUGCAAGAAAAACGCCUUGUAUCAGGAAAAGAAAUAUAUAUUUUUAUAUUCUGAGUUUUCUGAUACACAAGUAGCUCAAUAAAGUACUGUACAAGAACGUCAAAAAAAGGUUUUUUGUCAAGAUUGAAUUUUCCAGUUGGGCAACGACGCCUCUUCCCUGCCCUACCACACGCCGAUGGCCACGAUCGCCGCCUCGACCAACUUUGAAAAUGGCGCCGAGCAGCCGCCGAUGCCCGUCGGCCGAUUCGGCCGCAACCUUUUGAGAGAAUCGAUGCACUCGAUCGUGCCUGGCAACUUCCGAGGCGCUCCUUCUGUUCGACAUCCCUUGCUUGGUACGGUGACAGAAAAGCCGCUGAAAGGCUUUUUACAAGAAUUUUUAGGGCUUAAAAAGGGGGGUGGGGGUGGAGGAAGAAGGGUUAAGAAGGUCAACAUAGGUCGGUAAAGGUGCAAAAAAUAAGCGUGAUAGAACCGUUUCCCACCUCUCUGGAAAACUGGUGAAAGAAGUCUUACAAGGGAGGUCAUUUUUUAGCGGUUGGGAAUUUUUCGAAAUUUGGCCAGGACCUUCCUUGAUGGACCAGAAGAAGAUUCUAAUAGUAUCUUGACUUGAACGAUCUCCUAGUUUUGGAAAAGGGCCCGUCAAAAUCCGUUAAAAAUGGCUAUUUUUAGGGGCUUGAGGCUUAAUCUCUCAAAGACUAGUGAAUUUUGCAGGUUUAGAGCUUAUUGGAAUGAUGAAAAAACUGAAACUAAAACUCAGGGGAAUGAAAAGAACGUGAUUCCAGCUGACGGAAUCCAUCGAAUCGACGGCCCCGUGGAAAGUGUCUUUUCCGCGGCUCCCAGCGGCGGAAUCAUCAACAGUUUGUAUCACGAGAAGCCCCAUGCCGCCGAGUGUUUGAACGAGAGUUUGAAGGCUAGCGGUGGGUUUUGGCGUUCUUCAUCAUUGAGAAAAGAAAGUAAAAUCCGUGGUUAAAUUUACGAAUCUUCCAGGCGUUGAUAUCGACAGUGCCGGAGCUGAAAUGAGGAUUCAGGCGCUCUUCCUUCGUGGCCUUCACGAUGAGAGUCGAUAUUUGUUCGUUUUCUUUCGAUUUCGAAAAAAACCUGCGACGUGAAAAAUGUUUUCUGAUCAUAAAUACGACUGAGAAAACCCGAAAAAAAAAUUUUUCAAGAAAAUUAUCACAAGCGCACUGAAAAUAUUCUAUAAAUGUUCAAAAUUCAAAUUUUGGCUUUUUUUACAUGACCUGACGCUUCGGAGUGUCUGCGUCUCUCUGUUCCCUCGCUGGCGAAGUUAGAGGAACGUAAAAAAAUAGCACGUCAACAUGAGAGAGUCGCCGAGGGAAAAGGAGGGUGCAGAGAAAAACAGCAGUGAAAUGGUGUAUAAAAUAUCCUUUUUAAACAUUUUUUUCGUUCCUCGAGGCAUAGAUAAGUUAUUUUUUCAUCUGUAAACGGGAUAUAGCUGUCUGGCUUUAUUUAAAACUUUCAAUUGGAGUUCUUCCCUCUGAAAAAUUGAAAGAUUCAGGCAAACGCGAUUCGGCAGCAACUACGGGACGAGCAUUGCGCCGCACACGAUGCAGAGUAUCAUGGACAUGCCCGAAGGAUAUGGAAGAGAUGGAGGUGGAUCUCAUCGAAAUUCAGUCUUGAAAUCUUUUUUUUUUGAAAAAGGAGCUAAUUUAAAAAUUUCACUCAUGAAAAAAGGUCAUCACAAUUUUGAUAGAGCGCGAUUUCUUGUCUUCUUUCUAUAGAUGCGCCCGACUUUGAGCGCCUUGCUUCCUAUGGUUAAGAGUGCCCCCGCGCGCAGAAAUUAUCAGCGACCGUUUUGCGACCGCGACGCGUAGAGCCAUUCUAAGCGGCACAGUUCGAGCCGGCUUUUAAAGCUUUUGUAGUCAUGAUCUUACAGAGAUCAAAGGUUCAAAGGUCUUGGGUGAAUUUUCUCACCAGGGACCAAUUUUUAACCCCUAAGUGGAGCUUGGUUAAAGCGUUCUUUGAAACAGCCUUCCUUGAUUUUUAUACCUUGAGUACUCUGAAGGGACAUACAACUUGAAAAAAAAAACCCAUUGAGGAAAGUAUCUUACCAUUAUCCUGUGUGAAAAACUGUUUAUGUAUAGUCAAUGUUUCCCGACUUGGAAGGCGAAGGAGGCGGGGCAAGGGGCGGGACGCGUAGCGUGUGUGUUCGCGGUUCUUCACGAGCUCAAUUCAAUUGUCGCCGACUUUUUAAAAAGCUCGGCAACCGCUUAACUCAAUUUUUUCAAUUAUUUUUUGAUGCACACAUGAACAUAAUCAAUAAAUAAUUGAAAAAGGAAUGAAAAAGCGAAAAACGGGUUUUUCAAAGAGUAGAUGGCGGUUGAAUUGAACACGUGCCAAGAACCGCGAACGCACACGCCACGCGUCCCGCCCCCUGCCCCGCCUCCCUCGCCUUUCAAGUCGGGAAACAUUGACUAUAUUUUAAAAGUCUUUUUUUGACCUCUGGAUAGCAAGUUCGAACCAUUUAUCAUUUUUGGGUAAACCACAUUCACCACUCUCUUACCUACAGUACCGUCAGAAAAGAUACGAAAAAACGAUGUUUUGGUCACAAAUUUCUUUUGGAGAAUAUAAUCUUUUUGAUACUUUAUGGAGUUCGGAUGACUGUUAUUUUUAACACUGAUGAAAUUUCAGUUCACAGAAAAAGAACGCAGCUUCAAAAACUUUCAAGAAGAUUGAAUUCCUUACAAAAAAGUUGACAAAAGUCGGGUUUCGUUGUAUCUCUUCUGACGGUAUUGUAAGCCUUCUAAAGUACAUUUCAGUCAGCUUUAUUAAAAUUCGAUCGAAGCCCGUGUUGAAAUCUAUUCAAAGCCAAUCCACCUUCCAAAUUUCAGAAGAGCUGAACGGCGAGCAGCCGACGUCGUCGCAGGCCUACGGCAUGACGGCGAUGAGCGAACUUCAGAUGGCGUCGUCCGCGGCGCCCGUCGCCGCAAGUCGUCUCGGCUUCAGGGCGCAGACCGACGAGGAAAUCGGACGUCGACAUGGAUCUUCUGGAGUGCCGCUGGACGUGACCGACGAGGUCGACGAGGACAUGCCACCGGGGUCUUUCAAUUGCUGA